AUGGGUUACGGCAACGAUCUGCUCGGGCUCAUGUUGGAGGCGUGUGCACCAGAGCAUGGGCAAAAUCCUAUUUUGAGCAUGGACGAGAUCGUAGAUGAGUGCAAGACCUUCUUCUUCGCAGGGCAUGACACCAGCUCACACCUGCUCACAUGGACCAUGUUCUUGUUGAGCACGCACCCAGAGUGGCAGGAGAAUCUCAGAGAGGAGGUGCUGAGAGAGUGUGGCAAUGGGGCUCCCACCGGAGACAUGCUCAACAAACUGCAGUUGGUCAACAUGUUCUUGCUGGAAACUCUUAGGUUGUAUGGCCCUGUAGCUGUCAUUCAGAGAAAGGUUGGUUCAGAUCUCGAGGUCGGUGGCAUCAAAGUGCCUGAAGGCACAGUGCUCACAAUCCCCAUCGCAACAAUACAUCGUGACAAGGAGGUCUGGGGGGAGGACGCCAAUGAAUUCAAGCCUAUGAGAUUCGAGAAUGGAGUGACACGAGCCGGAAAGCACCCCAAUGCAUUGUUGUCUUUCUCCAGUGGGCCUAGGUCUUGCAUAGGCCAAAACUUUGCUAUGAUUGAGGCCAAAGCCGUGAUCGCCAUGAUUCUUCAGAGGUUCUCAUUCUCCCUAUCCCCUAAGUACGUCCAUGCCCCGAUGGAUGUCAUCACGGUGCGACCCAAGUUUGGGCUUCCCAUGGUCCUUAAGAGCCUAGAGAUGUAG